AUGGAUAAAUCUGAACUAUCGGAUUUUUCGCCGGAUUUUCGCGCAGCCCAACCACGUCACGAUGAAUACGUCCCCGAUCUUGAGGGUUCAAUCUAUCCUUGUGUUAGUUAUGUCCCUGGUCGUCUAUGUCGGCCCCGUAUGGUGGCCCGUUCCUCGGUGAAUAGUAAACUCCUAUCCAACACACUGUCCGUGAUUUGUAUCUCUGCUCCGGACCAUACUAACCCGAUGCCCAGUAUGCAACGCGUCAAUCGCAUUCCACAGUUGAACCAAUCCGCAAACUCAAACACUACCAGUGCGGUCGAUGCUCACAGUCCGCACGAUUCAAAUCCCCCGUUGGGAUCGUAUCGCAGACGUCCCAUUUCCAAUCCAUUGUCUGCAGGUGGAGCCUCCGGUCGAGGCGCCGAGUCCAGUUCAUUCCCGGCUUCGUUCUAUCCGGUCUCCGUGGGUGGCGGUGCGGCCGCUGGAGCCGGAACCGCGGGUGGCACGGAUGAACGAGCCCAAUUGUUAAAUAUUGAUGAUCUGCUCAUCCGACGUAAUCGUCCCACAUCAAAAGUAUUGUCUCGGGAUCGCCACAGCACACGAUCCGCACAACCUUUGCCCCCGUUAGUCGUGGUCGGCGGUGCACCCUCUGUCCCACCUGUGAUUUCUUAUCAGGAAAAUGCAAUCCAAACACGAAUUGAGUGUCCUCCGAUAGCGGAUCGUAACGGUGAUCCGAAUGUGUAUCAGUGCGAAAAAGAAUUGGACGUGGAUAAACCCGUGAAACCACCACCGUCAUUCACUGACACCAAGGAACAAGGUGACUUAAGUCGUGCCGCGCGGGGCACACAGCCCAGUUGGUCCGAUCGGGGACAACUAUAUACGAAUUAUACCCUCACCUACAUCGUCUUGUGA